CUGAGAAGCAAGCCCAUGGAGAUGAAGGCCGGAAGACGGCCCCAUUAGCGUUGUCUUUAAGUUUGAGAUGCAUUGCGAGGAUUGCGUUCAGAAAGUCCGUCGAAAAGUCAAAAAAUUCAAAGGCGUUGAGGCCGUCUCGUCAGACAUCUCGGCGAGCAAGCUGACGGUGAUUGGAAAGGUGAAUCCUUUUGAGCUUCGGGGCAAGUUGGAGAGCAAGAUGCAUACGAAGGUCGAACUGGUUGUCGCCGAAAAGAAGGAGAAGGAGAGCGAACAGAGCUCGGAGAAGGAGAAGAGCGAUAAGAAGAAUGUUGCAGCGGCGGCUUCAGGGCAGGAUGGGGUGAAGGCUGCCGCCGAGGCAGCGGUCACCGCAACGUUGGAAGCGAUCAGGAGGGAGUACUACAGCCGUUGGUAUAGUAACUAUCAGCUGUGCCCACCGCUGUCCUUCAGGGAGGAGAACCCCAAUGAUUGCUCCAUCAUGUAAUCCGGGCUAAAUAUGAAUGAAUGUUUGAUGUGUCGUUAGUGAUUCGGGCGCAAUAUUAAUUUCUUAGGUUUAUAUUCUGUGGUUGUCUCGAUCGAAAGACUUUGGUUGAUGACGGGAGAAUAGUUUCAAUGCAAUCAUUGAAGGUUCAUUUA